UAAGGAGGAUGGGCAUACACCUGCCACCCCCUGUGUCAGGGCUGCAGCAGGUGAGGGCGCGCACCUGCUUGACGUCACCAAAUACACUAGUCCGCCGUCUUAAGAAAAUGGCUGGGAGUGAGGAAAGGAUUUCGUGUAGUCCCUUACAAAUAUCCCAUUUUUUAGCUUAAAACUAAAUGUUUUAAAACCCGAACAAGCUGCUACACGUUUCACUUGAAACUAUGAACCCGGGAGGCUCCAAAUUAAAGGUGCUGCUAAAGUUGGUGUUCCUGUGCACUUCCGGUAUCUUCAGUGGGCUUUAUUCUCAAAAUACUGGUGAACCUCUUCUGGCUUCAAAUCGAACUCUGUUGGUCGGGGGCAAUGAGUGUGAGGGCGUUGUCGUAGUUUACAGAAAUCAAAGUCAGUAUCUGGUUUGUGAUAAGGAAUGGAACUCCAGUUCUCUUCUGGCCAGUGUAGUUUGUCGAGAGGUUGGCUGCGGUCCACCUACUGGUAUCUGGAUGCAAACACCUACCUGGAAUUCCUCAGUGCCAGUGUUACAAGGCAUCCAGUGCGAAGGAAAAGAAUCCCAGCUGGCUGAAUGUCAUCAUGGUGAACAGAACAACAGCUGUGACAACAGCAGCCUAGCUACAUUGACCUGCAGUAGUAACAAAAAGGUACCUGGAAAUUUCUCCAACAAUGUUCGUUUAGUUGGAGGGCAGAAUUCCUGUGAGGGUCACCUUGAUGUUUUUCGGAAGGGCAGCUGGGGACUAAUGUGCUCCCCUACUUUCCAUACCAAGGAGGGCAAAGUUUUGUGCAGUCAGUUAGGCUGUAAAACCAAGCAAGUAAUGGUAACAUUCACUGAGCGAGAUCCAUACCCUGGAAGGAGCUCCACAGUGUGGUCAGAUAACAUUUUAUGUCAUGGGAAUGAGUCUUCCAUUUGGCAGUGCCAGACAGACGCAGAUGGGAAAAGUUGUCCUCGUGCCAAACACAUAUACGUUAUGUGCAGCAGGAAAGGAAAUGAUGAAAACUGGAUCACCUGGCUGGCCAUUGCUUGUGGAGCACUGAUCAUUGUCCUUUUUUGCUGUACAAGAGCCAUUCACACCUCCAGAUGCUGCAAACAGGCGUUAAAGGACUGCUUCCCUAUGUGCUAUGACUUAAUAGGAAAGUUGCAGAACUGCUCAAACUGUAAACCUGAAAGGAGGAGAGCUCAUGAUACAGAGCGUUUCGAGGAGGUGACAGGACCAGUAGAAAUACAGUGUCUUUCAGAGCCAGAGUCACGCAUGUUGGAGGACUCUAGAGAAAUCAAUGCCCUUCUUGCACCAUAUGGAUAUUGCCUGAAUAACACCAUUACACCACCCCCAAGUUACAUGAAUGCCUUAAAAAUGAUUUCGCAUCCACUGGAAAACACACUAACACCACCCCCUACCUACCUAGAAGCAUUGAAGAUUUUGGCAAGGCCCGUUAUUGUACAUGUACCUGUUCCAGAGCAUCCAGAAGAGGAGGAAGAGGAAGAUGACAUUUUUGUAGAUACGGAGGACAGUGCUGAAAGUCUGGACACAACUGAACAACCAUAAGUUUGGAAGAGCUGUAAGAACACAACACAUGAAUUAAAACAAAAGAUGUAUUUUGAGAUAUGAUAUUUAUAAAGUUUGCAUUUUUAAGUUAUUUUACCUAAGUCAGGUGACAUAAUUGGACCACAAAAAUGUGAGCUUUUUAUAUAUUAAACAUCUGGCAGAUAUUGUUACUGGAUGCUGUGCAGAUGUGAAAAUGUGUUUAAUUUUUAAAGGUCAUGUUGCCAUCCAUUUCAAAAUUAGCAUAUCCCAGUGCUUCAGUAUUGAAGCUGUAUAGCACUUAAUCUUACAAGAAGUUCUACAUGCCACUGAAGUACAAAUCAGAGUGACCAGCGAAACUCAAAUACCACUCCAGAAUCUUUUAACCCUCUUUCACUUGAACACUUGUCAUUCCACAGAUAAACUUAUUUUAUGUGUUUGAAUAAAAUGUCAUUUCUGUUA